GAUAUGAAGAUGGAGGUGAUAGAGCUGGUGAGGGGCCUGAAGGAGACUCUGAACCCUCACAUGUGUAGAGGCUUUGUGGACUCGUUCCUCGUCCGAAAGCAAACCCUGGAGGAAUCUGGCGAUAUGGAUUCUUUCUACCAUGACGACAACCUGGUAUUUAGUGUUGGUAAUCUGUUUUCUGCUGGUACCGACACCACCGGGACAACCCUGUGCUGGGGUCUGCUGCUAAUGGCCAAGUACCCCCAUAUACAGGGUAAGGAUUGAUAUAAACACAAACGCAUGCACGCACACACACCACAGGAGGCUGCUGAGGGGAG